UGACUGAAUAAGCAAAGGACAGUCACUCACAUACAUUUGAUUUUCUCAAAUACUAAUAAGUGGUCUCUGAAAUCCCCAUAUUUUGCGGUUUUUCUCAAAUUAGUCUCCAUUUUUUCAACCAUUUUUUUUACUUUCUUUCUCUUUCUGCAGCUUUUUAAUCUCUCAGUUUCUUGUGUUAUAAUAUAUUCAUUGUCAUUUUGCUUCACAAGAUUAUAUUCAAGUUUUGUUUCUUUCAAGUUGGACAAUUUUUGUACUAGAAAAGAGGUAAUUUCUCUUUCUUGUUUUCGGGGAACUUCUAUCAGUCUAGGACAUCCUAUGAAAAAUUUUGACGGGGAGAUGGGAAUAACAUAUUCAUGUCCUUUUGCCAAUUUUGACGACUCAGAUAGUAAAUUCGAGUCUUAUUUAGUGAGAAAACUGAGUAUUGGAAGUGAUGCUACGACGAAUGCGUUACCGCGACAAAAUCCUCAGGAGCCGAAGAUGCACAAGUCUUAUAGUUCGGGGAAGAUAAUACUUGAAGGAACUCUUAGCUAUAAAAGGAGGGAGUUGGAGGCCAAAAUCGGACUGACUGCAUUUGAUAAUGAGGAGAAGACGAUGAGUCGAUCAGAUACCCUUACGAACAGUGAAGAUAUUUCUGAAGAAAAGCAUGACAUGCUCGAUGAAAAUAGUAAAAUGAUACCAUUGGUAGGUGAGAAACAAAGAGAUGAGGCUGCAGUGAAGUUGCAGAAAACAUACAAAAGUUUUCGUACUCGAAGACGACUAGCGGAUUGUGCUAUUCUGGUUGAGCAGAGAUGGUGGAAGGUAUUAGACUCCGUUGAACUCAAACAUAGUUCUAUAUCAUUCUUUGACAUUCAGAAACCCCAAACUGCUAUUUCUCGUUGGUCAAGAGCUUUAACAAGAGCUGCUAAGGUCGGUAAAGGUCUGUCGAAAGAUGAAAAGGCCUGUAAGCUUGCUUUGCAGCAUUGGCUUGAAGCAGUCGAUCCUCGACAUCGCUAUGGUCAUAAUCUUCAAUUUUAUUACACCAAGUGGCUCCAAGCUGACAGUAAACAACCCUUCUUCUAUUGGUUGGACAUAGGUGAAGGUAAAGAAGUAAAUCUUGAGAAGUGCCCUAGAUCAAAACUUCAUCAACAAUGCAUCAAGUAUCUUGGUCCGGUAGAAAGGGAGGCGUAUGAAGUUGUAAUUGUGGGAGGAAAAUUCAUGUACAAGCAGAGCGGGAGGCUUCUUGAUACGAGGGGAGGUCCAGAAGAUACCAAGUGGAUCUUUGUGCUAAGUGUGUCGAAGGACUUGUACAUUGGGAUGAAGCAAAAAGGAACUUUUCAACAUUCAAGUUUCUUAGCCGGAGGAGCCACAUUAUCUGCGGGAAGAUUAGUGAUCGAAGAUGGUAUUCUAAAGGCUGUCUGGCCACACAGUGGACAUUAUCUCCCAACGAGGGAGAAUUUCGAUGAAUUUAUGACGUAUCUUGAGCAACACAACAUUGACGUCAGUAUUCUUCAGAAAUUUCCAAGUGAUGGAGAGGAUACAUCCUUUGCUAGGAAGGACGGUGGUUUUGGUCUUCGUAAUAGCUUAUCUACACCAGAUUUUAGCCAAGCCGCCAAUGAAGAGAGCAACGUCAAGUGCUCAGGCAAGGAGAAGACUGAUUCUACUACAAAAUAUUGCAAGGAUACAGAAAAUUCAGUUCCAUUGCCAAGACAACCGCUAUCAUUAAGACCCAAAAUUGUAGUCGAAAUUCCAGUAAGGGAAGACACAUUUGAGCUAUUCGCUAAGGCCGGACAGCCGGGAGGAUCGAAAGACAACACUCAGUCUUUGGAUACUCCAGAAGAUGGAUAUGAAACAGCAGAAGAAUACUUAUCAGAUACUGAACUUUCAGUAUCGAAGCAGAAUUUAUUUGACGAUGAAGAUGAAGAAGCCUAUGAAGAUGCUGUCCCGCCAGAAAAGAUAAUGAAGAGAAUAGAUACACAUAGAAGAACAAAGUCAUUCCAGUUAGCUAAUCAAUUAUCUUGUAGAUGGACAACCGGAGCUGGACCUCGGAUUGGAUGUAUGAGAGACUAUCCAGCAGAACUCCAGUUUCGCGUUAUGGAGGACGUGUGUUUGUCUCCAAGAUCAUCUACACUUCACACUCCACGGAAAUCUUCUCGGCCUCAUACUCCUACCAUCUUUUCUAUCGAAGCAAAUGAAGGCAAAACACGUCCUUUUUCUGAGUCCGCGGUGUUCUUUCAAUCAACUCCACGGGUAGAAGAGCUGCAAAAUUAUUGUGGUUAGUAGUUAGGAGAAACUAACUCAUUCUUGCAAUACAUUUUUGUUUUAUCAUCAUUUAUUUUUCUUGAUCAUUUUUGACAAACUACCAUAGAGUUGUAAAGCAGGAUACAUUCAUUCUUUACCUCCAUUUUUUUUUGUACUUGUAUAGAAAAAAAGAUCAAGUGAAAUUUGUCAAAGUUCUUUAUA